AUGUGUUUCUGUGUUCUCUACCUGAGUGAGGAUACGUCGGGGGACCACUCCGGCGGGGAGAACGGUGGUGGUAGCGGCAGUGAGAAGGACCAGGACCCUGGCUCCUCCCCCGAGGGGUCCAAGCCGUCUUGCUUCACCCCCGAGCCCCCGGACACCCCAAACCAGGCCGAGGAGUGCCGCUACAGCUUCCCACAGCCCCUUCCCAGCCUCCCUCUCCCCCUAGCCUUCCCCAAGACCUGCAGCACCUCUCCAGAGCCCAAGGCAGACAGCCCCAGUAAGGGCUACCCCGGGGUUGGGGCAGGGGGGCUGCCAGUGGACCACAGCCUGGUGAUUGAGGGCCUGUCUGGGUCUGUCUCCCUUCCCUUCAACCUGCGAGCCAACCGGCCACCCCUGGAGGUGCUGAAGAAGAUCUUCCCGUCCCACAAGCCCCCGGUACUGGAGCUGAUCCUGCAGGGGUGUGGAGGGAACCUGGUGGGGGCCGUGGAGGUGCUGCUGUCCAGCCAGGCCCAGGAGGCCAGGGGGGGUCACCCCCACAGUCAGGACCUCCACCCCGACACCCUGGUCCUGCCCUCUAACGGCCACCUCCUCGAUCACCCCCUGGGGUCCUACCACCCUCUGGCCUCCACCGCUAAGUGGUCUGUGGGCUCUGCUUUCAGGGUGCCUGAGUCCCUUCGCUUCUCGUCUGACUCGUCGUCCGGCCCCCUGGCCCUGCACCCCGGGUCUUUCCCCCAUCCCCCCCGCUACCCCUUGAUGCUGAGGAACUCUCUGACACGCGGCGGCCAGGUCGGACCUUUCUGCAACGACGUGACGCUGUGGAACACCAUGACACUGCAGCAGCAGUACCAACUCAGGUCAGCUCAGUACGUCUCUCCUUUCUCCUCCACUGGCGUCUUCCAACGCUCUCCGCUCCUCUCCUCUUCCUCCUCCUCCUCUCCGCUCCUCUCCUCCUCCCGCCCCCAGGAAGAGCACCGUCUCUCCCAGCUGGAGGAGGGCUGCCAACCUGCCCCCAUCCCCCCCACCCCCGGGACCAAACAGACCCUCUUCACCCAUGAGGAGGAGUAUGAGGACCGCGCCGACUCCUCCGACUCACGAAUUCUCAACUCCUCCACCUGAACCUCCUGAACCACCCGAACCUAUGGGUUAUAUCUCUAUACCUGAACCUCCUGAACCACCCGAACCUAUGGGUUAUAUCUCUAUAACUGAACCUCCUGAACCACCCGAACCUAUGGGUUAUAGCUCUAUAACUGAACCUCCUGAACCACCCGAACCUAUGGGUUAUAGCUCUAUAACUGAACCUCCUGAACCACCCGAACCUAUGGGUUAUAGCUCUAUAACUGAACCUCCUGAACCACCCGAACCUAUGGGUUAUAUCUCUAUACCUGAACCAAUGAAACACUGAAUCUAUGGGUUAUAUCUCUAUACCUGAACCAAUGAAACAAUGAACCUAUGGGUUAUAGCUCUAUACCUGAACCAAUGAAACAAUGAACCUAUGGGUUAUAGCUCUAUACCUGAACCAAUGAAACACUGAACCAUGACGCACUGGCUACUUAAGCACCAAAAAUGUAAUUGUGAACAAAUCUUUAAUGUGAAUAAUGCAAGAGUGGUUGUUGUCUUGAACUGCACUUUGUUGCGCAGCCAUCGGCCCCCUACAGGUAAUGUAGCUGAAUGUUAGGGCGUAACAUUAUCUCUCUACAGGUAAUGUAGCUGAAUGUUAGGGCGUAACAUUAUCUCUCUACAGCUAAUGUAGCUGAAUGUUAGGGCAUAACAUUAUCUCUCUACAGCUAAUGUAGCUGAAUGUUAGGGCCUAGCAUUAUCUCUCUACAGGUAAUGUAGCUGAAUGUUAGGGCAUAACAUUAUCUCUCUACAGCUAAUGUAGCUGAAUGUUAGGGCCUAGCAUUAUCUCUCUACAGGUAAUGUAGCUGAAUGUUAGGUCCUAUCAUUAUCUCUCUACAGGUAAUGUAGCUGAAUGUUAGGGCGUAACAUUAUCUCUCUACAGGUAAUGUAGUUGAAUGUUAGGUCAUAAUGUUAUCUCUCUACAGGUAAUGUAGCUGAAUGUUAGGGCCUAACAUUAUCUCUCUACAGGUAAUGUAGCCAAAUGUUAGGUCCUAUCAUUAUCUCUCUACAGUUAAUGUAGCUGAAUGUUAGGGCCUAACAUUAUCUCUCUACAGGUAAUGUAGCCAAAUGUUAGGUUGUAACAUUAUCUCUCUACAGGUAAUGUAGCUGAAUGCUAGAUCGUAACAUUAUCACAUGGAUAUGACCAAAAAUAAUGAAUUUAAAAUAAUGGGAUAGAUCACAUAGAUCACGUGUUUGUGAACGUUCAUCUCUUUCCAGACCGUAUGCAUGUAAU